UCACAAAUAAUACAAGUCAGAAUCAAACUCUCUCUCAACUUUCCUCCAUCUCAUAUAGGUUUGUACUCAUAAACAUUAUUAAUUAUCACUAAUGAAAAACAAAGAACAAUAUAGAAACUACACAAAUUGUCUUCCUUUUUUAUUUUAAUUUUAAUUUGGUUUUAUAGAUUAGUCAAGAUUCUUCCAAAAAUAUGGAUCUUUGAUCCUCUUUUCACUGUAUCCAUUAACAUACAAUAAAGGAAACAACUUUACAAACCAUGCCUUUUUUCGCCCAUUGGAUCUAUUGCUGCAAUUUUUUUUUUUAAUUUUCAGGUUUAAUUCAUUUAUACCAUCUCAGAACAUUUAAAACAGAAUGGAUCACCAAGGGCAUAACCAACCUCAGUCAAUGAUGAUGGGAGGUGGGGGUGGUGGUGGAGCUCAAAUGGCUUAUGGUUACCAAUCCAAUCCGAUGGGUGGCAACCCAACUCCUGGCUCGGUUGGAGGCAUUCAGUCCACCAGCCAGCCUGGUGGAGCUCAGCUUGCGCAACACCAACUCGCAUAUCAGCACAUCCACCACCAGCAGCAACAGCAGCUUCAGCAACAACUCCAAAACUUUUGGGCAAAUCAGUAUCAAGAAAUCGAGAAAGUAAGUGAUUUCAAGAACCACAGCCUUCCCUUAGCUAGGAUCAAGAAGAUAAUGAAGGCUGAUGAGGAUGUGAGGAUGAUAUCUGCAGAGGCACCUGUUAUAUUUGCCAGGGCGUGUGAGAUGUUUAUCUUAGAAUUGACAUUGAGAUCAUGGAAUCACACUGAGGAGAAUAAAAGGAGAACCCUUCAGAAGAAUGACAUUGCUGCAGCAAUCACUAGAACUGGUAUCUUUGAUUUUUUGGUAGAUAUUGUACCAAGAGAGGAUUUGAAAGAUGAAGUGGUUGCAUCAAUUCCAAGAGGCAAUGUGCCUGUUGGAGGGCCUGCUGAUUCACUCCCUUAUUGCUAUAUGCCACCCCAACAUGCACCCCCUCAAGUUGGGACCCCAGGGAUGAUUAUGGGUAAGCCUGUUAUGGAUCUAUCCAUGUAUGCCCAGCAGCCUCACCACCCAUACAUGGCUCAGCAAAUGUGGCAGCAACAACAACAACAGCCUGACCAACAACAAUCGUCGUCGGAUCGUUAAUGGGGACUAUGUAUGGAAAAUAAUAAGUGUAAGUUUGAGUUACUUUUGUUGGCCAUUGGUUUGGAUUGAACGCUGGAAAGGAUUUGGCUAUUGUUUCAUCAUGUCAUUGUAGUGGAUUAUGCGACAAGAGCUAGCAAUCUUACUCAUACCAUUAUCUAUAAAUAUCCAUAUUUUUCUUUACAACUACGUAAUAAAAUACUUGACUCGAUUUAUGGUUGUGCUUCUAAUAGAAAUAUGCCAUUUUGAUUUCAUGAACAUAAGAACCUUCUAUUCUCCUUUC